CUUUAUCCAAACCUCCACGAUAACAUUUCUCUGUGACCUUCAAGAAAAGCUUGGAACAGUUUACCCUCAGGACUCAUGCAAUCUGCCAGGCCGCUGAUCCAUCCAUCCAUAUAUGAGGCGCGCUGCGGUAAUUGAUUCAGAAACACCUCCACGACUCCACCUAGUUGUGAACCCACACGUACGCCGUCGAUCGAUCGCCGGCCGGGAAUCCUGCAAGUAAAACCGUAGUACGCGAGAUGGCGAGCAAACAAGGGUCGUCAGCGGCGAAAGCCACGGCGGUGGCCGACAUCGACCCCACGUACGAGUGGGUCGACGGCGACGGCAUCUACCUCCUCCGCCUCAACCUCCCAGGGUUCAAGAAAGAAGACUUCCGGGUGCACGUCGACCCCGCCGGCCGGCUGACCAUCCAGGGCCACGGGGCGGGGGGCGCCACGCGGAUCCACAAGGUGUUCCAGCUGCCGUCCACGUCCGACCUCGACGGGAUCACUGGCCGCUACGACGGCAGCGUGCUCGUCCUCACCGUGCCCAAGCUGCCGCCACCCGCGGUGCCGUCGCCGCCGCCGCCACAGGAGCAGAACAAACAGGGGGGUCAGGACCCGGCCGGCAAGGCAGCAACAGAACAGCCGAAGUCCAGGAUUAGCCGUGAGGCGGAGCGGCUGAUCGAGGCGGCGAGGGCGAGGCUGCCUCGGACGAGGCAGGCCAAGGAACAGAGCACUGCAGAGAGAAGCGAGAUGCCGACGGCGGCCAAGGAAGCAGAGGAGGAGAAGAAGGAGGAGCCCAAGCCCAAGCCAAAGCCAAAGCCCAAGGCGGAGGCGCCGUCAGAGAAUGCCAAGGGUGCUGCUGCUGAUGAACACCGGGCGAAUGUCGGCCGGGAAGCCGAGCGGGGGAUCGAGGCCUCCAGGGCGAGGCUGCAGGCAGCGGCGGAGAGAGAGACGACGGAGAGGCAGGAGAAGAAGGGUCGGUGCUGGAAGGAGGAGGGGUUCAAGUGGGCGGAUGCCAUCGGGAACAACAAGGAGGUGAUCGCGACCGCCGUCGCCGCCUUCACGCUCGGCGUCUUCGUCUCCCACAGGCUCUUCGCCAGGAAUUGACUUGACAAUAUCAAAUCACAUGGACGCCAUUAGUGUGAUGGUUCGUGCUGCCGUGCGUGUACAUGAUGACACACCAACCCGGAUGUAUAUACGUAGCUGAUGACACGGCAGAUAUACUUGAAGCUUCAAGUGUUUCAAAGUGUACGUGCUUGUACAUAUAACAUGGAGUAUUGAUUCAGCAAAUUAGUCAUCUUACGCAA